AUGAAUAAUCAAUCGCUAAAUUUAAAUUUAAAAGAUGAUUUGAUUUUAGGGUAUACACCUUUUCAUCUAUCUACAUUAAAUCCAAUAUCAUUUUUACAUAAUUUUAAUUUUUUAAAUUUGAAUUUGAAUCUGAAUCAACUGAAUCAAGAUGAUUUAAUAAAAUUACAAUCAAUUGGUAAAUAUCAUUUGAAAAUACCAAAUAUAUUAUAUUCAAAUCAUAGUAAUUCAUUAAAUCCUCAAUUUAUUUAUUAUUUAUCAGUAUUUAUUAAUUUAUUUUUUGGACUUUGGUUUGCUUAUAAGAUUAUCAAACUAUCAAUUAAAAAUAGGAAGCAAUCAUUCAUAUAUACAUCAACUCCAAUACUACAAAGUUUCAAAGUAUUUUUAGUAUUGGCUCAAGUAGUAUUUAUUAUACUAUUUUGGAUUUUAACUAAUGUAGCUGUAUUUAUACCAAUUUUAGCAGUUACUUUAUUAGCAUUUUUAACAAUUUUAAUAGAAUUUAGAAAUUCACCAAUUCCAACAAAUGUUUCACUAUUAUAUUGGUUAUCGAAUACUUUUUUCACAUUUGGAAUUUUUAUACAAGAUUCUUUCUCAAAACAUAAAAUUUAUGCACUUAAUGGACCUUCAUAUAUAAUAGAAAUUUUAAUGUUAGUUAAUAGUUUAUCAAUUUUUAUACUAGAAGUAGGAUAUUAUAAACCAGGAUUUGAAGAUAAUAAUGUUCCAUUUUUAGAUAAAAUAAAUUUAUUUUCAUAUUUAACAUUUUAUUUUUUACAACCAAUUAUAGAUAAAAUUUAUAAAACUAAUGAUAUUAAAUUUGAUGAAUUACCAAAUGUUUUAGGUGGUCUUAGUUGUGAUGCAAGUAAAGCAAAAGUUAUCAAGAAUUGGGAUUAUAGAGUAACUCAUUUAAGUAAAAAACCUUCUUGGAUUUGGUAUGUUUGGGCAUUUAUAAGAAGAACAAAAGUUGGUGAAAAUAAACCAAAUUUAUUUGCUGCUAUUUUCGCUGCUUUUUCACCAGAAUUUCAUUUAAGUUUUGCUUUAAAAGUUAUUGAAACUGCUUUAGUUUUCACUCAACCUUUUGUAUUGAUGAAGUUUAUUCAAUUUUUCACAGCUUAUUUUUAUAGUGAUGUAAAACCACCAAUUAUUAUUGGUUAUGGUUGGGCAGCUACUAUGUUUGCUAUAUCGUGUGCUAAUUUCAUAACUUUUAAUCAAUCUUUUAGUUUACAAUUCAAUAUGGGUUAUGGUAUUCAAUCUGCUUUAACUACAAUUAUAUAUGAAAAAUCUUUGAGGUUAUCUCCACAAUCAAGAAAAAAUAAACCAACUGGUGAUAUUAUAAAUCAUAUUACUAUGGAUAUUGAUAUUAUCUUUUGGUUUUGUUGGAGUCUUGGAGAUUUUAUUUCUGCUCCUUUAAGAUUGGGAGUUUGUUUAGUUGCAUUAUAUAAAUUAUUUAAUAGAGCAACUUGGGCUGGUGUUAUAACAGCACUUAUUGUUACUCCAAUUGCAACUUGGGUAAAUACAUCAAUGUCAAAAUAUUAUUUACAAUUAAUGAAAGAUAAAGAUGAUAGAACAAGUUUAAUUACAGAAAUUUUAAAUUCUGCUAAAAGUAUUAAAUUUUAUUCAUGGGAAAAACCAAUGUUGCAACGUUUAAGUGAUAUAAGAAAUGGUAGAGAAUUAUAUAAUAUCAAGAAAUUAGGUGUUGUUAGUGCUUUAGCUCAAUUUUUAUGGUCUUGUAUUCCAUUUUUUAUUAGUUGUUCAACUUAUGCUGCUUAUUCUUAUUUUUAUUCAGUUCCAUUAACUCCGGAUAUUGUUUUCCCAGCUUUAGCUUUAUUUGAUUUAUUAUCUGAUCCAAUGUUAUUAAUUCCAAAUUUCAUUGUAGAAGGAAUUGAAGUUACAACUUCAUUAGGUCGUAUAAGAGAUUUGCUUUGUCUUGAUGAAUUAGCAGAUGAUCAAAAUGGUCAUGUUAAAAGAGAUCCUGAAGCAAGUGAUAAUUCUGAAUAUUCAGUUAUUAUUAAAAAUGCUACAUUUGAAUGGAAUACAAAUUCAACUGAUGUUAAAGAAUUUAAAGAUGAAGAAAGUGAAGUUCAAGAUACCCCAAAAACUAAUAUUGCUUUAAAAGAUAUCAAUUUUGUUGCUAAAAAGAGUAAAUUAACAUGUAUUGUUGGUAAAGUUGGAAGUGGUAAAUCGACAUUAAUUCGUGCAAUUUUGGGUGAUAUUCCAAUUAAGAUUCCUCAGUAUUCUGACAAUUCUAAUGCUAAUUCACCUAGUGUUGAGACUUUUGGUUCAAUUGCUUAUUGUCCACAAUCACCAUGGAUCUUGAAUGGUACUGUUAAAGAAAACAUUUUAUUUGGUCACAGAUAUGAUUCUGAGUUUUAUAGAAAAACAAUUACUGCUUGUGAAUUAAUUGCUGAUUUCAAAAAUUUACCCGAUGGUGAUAAGACUGUUGUUGGUGAAAAAGGUAUUUCAUUAAGUGGUGGUCAAAAAGCAAGAAUUUCAUUAGCUAGAGCUGUUUAUUCAAGAGCUGAUAUUUAUUUAUUGGAUGACGUCUUAUCUGCUGUUGAUGCUCAUGUUGGAAAAGCUUUGAUCAAACAAGUCUUAUCUGAUGAUGGUAUAAUUGGAAGUCGUACUAAAAUUUUGGCCACUAAUUCUAUACCUGUCUUACAUGAAGCAACUGACAUUUAUUUGUUAUCCAAAGGUGCAAUUGUUGAACAUGGUAAUUACGAAAAAGUUAUGCAAUCAAACGGUGAUUUAGCUCAAUUAAUCAAAGAAUAUGGUAAAAAGAGUGGCACUGAAAACUCACUGUCUGAUGAAGAUGAAACUAAAGAAGAAGAUAGGCCAGAACAUAAACCAAUCAAUACAGAACCAAUAAACAAUGGACCAAUUGAUCCAAAAGAAGCUCUACAAACUGAAGAUUUAGUCGAUGAAAUUUGUGAUUAUGUUGGUGAAGCUAAUAGAGGUAUUGUUGAACAAGCUGUUUUACGUCGUGCAUCAUUAGUAUCCUAUAAUCAUUCAUAUGAUAAAGAUGAUGAAGAUGAAGAAGGUGUUGUUAGAAAAACAGGUCAUGUUGAAGAAGAAUCUAAAAAGGGAACAGUACCCUGGGAUAUUUUCAAACAAUAUAUUAUGGCUUGUGAUUAUAAAUAUUUUUCAGUUUAUGUCGUUGGUACUUUAAUUACAUUAUUGAUUACAGUCAGUCAAAAAUAUUUGUUGAGUUAUUGGUCAGGAUUAAAUAAAGAAGAAAAUAGAACUGUCAAUCCAACAUUCUUUUUAGGUAUUUAUGCAUUAUUUGGAGUACUUUCUGGUUUAUUGACUUAUUUAACUGCUUUAGUUAUAUGGGGUUAUUGUAUCAUUAAAGGAGCAGCUUACUUCCAUGAUAAAAUGGCUGAUAAAGUUUUACAUUCUCCAAUGUCAUUCUUUGAUACUACACCAGUUGGAAGAAUUUUAAAUAGAUUUACUGAAGAUAUUGGUAAGAUUGAUAUGCAUUUACCAUGGACUUUAAUUGGAUUUAUUACAACUGUUUUAAGUGGUUGUGUUACAUUUGCUGUUAUAUUUUAUUCAUUACCUGCAAUGAUUAUCAUUAUUGGUAUUUUAUUAUUUAUUUAUAAUUAUUUUAGAGCAAGAUUUAUUCCUGCUGCAAGAGAAUUGAAACGAUUAGAAUCUGUUGCCAAAUCUCCAGUUUUAGCAACUAUACAAGAAACUAUAAAUGGUGUUGAUACAAUCAAAGCAUUUUUCCAAAGAGAAAGAUUUGUUCACAAGAGUAAGAAAUUCAUUGAUGAAAAGACUUUAAUUGGUGUUGUUAUUCAAAAUUGUAAUAGAUGGUUAUCUAUGAGAUUACAAUUUAUAUCUUCAACUAUAAUGUUUUCAACUGCUUUAUUAGCUGUUGUUAGUUUAGGUGGUAAGUACCCAAUUUUACCUGGUGUAUUAGGUUUUGUUAUGACUUAUUCAUUAACUAUUACAUAUGUCUUGAAUUCUGUCGUUAGAUAUUGGGCUGAUUUACAAUCUGAAGGUGUUGCAAUUGAAAGAAUCAUCGAAUAUUGUGAUUUACCAAGUGAAGCCCCAAUGGUUAUUGAGGACAAGAGACCAGAUCCAACUUGGCCAGGUGAAGGGAUUGUUAAAUUUAAAAAAUAUAGUACUGCUUAUAGAAAAAAUUUAGAUCCAGUGUUAAGAGAGAUUGAAUUAACUGUUAACUCCAAAGAAAAAGUUGGUAUUGUUGGUAGAACUGGUGCUGGUAAAUCUUCAUUAACAUUAGCAUUAUUUAGAAUUAUAGAAGCUACUGGUGGUGAUAUUGAAAUUGAUGGUAUAAAUGUAGGAGAAAUUGGAUUAUAUGAUUUGAGGCAUCAUUUAACAAUCAUCCCACAAGAAGCACAUACUUUCAGAGCAUCAGUCAGGGAGAAUUUAGAUCCAUUUGGAGAAUAUAAUGAUGAAAAAUUAUGGAAAGCCUUGGAAUUAGCUCAUCUUAAGGAACAUGUUGAAACUAUGGAAACUGAACCAACAGAAGAUGAGAAAACGGCAAGUUCUAAUGCAGAUGAAUUAACAAAUAAAAAGGGAUUAGAUGCACAAAUUGAAGAAAAUGGUUCAAAUUUAUCAGCCGGUCAAAAACAAUUAUUAUGUUUAGCAAGAGCAUUAUUAAAUGAAACUAGUAAAAUAUUAGUAUUAGAUGAAGCUACUGCUGCUGUUGAUUCACAAACUGAUAAAAUUAUUCAAGAAACUAUAAGAUCAGAAUUUAAAGAUAAAACUAUUUUAACAAUUGCUCAUAGAAUUGAUACAAUUAUGGAUAGUGAUAAAAUUUUAGUACUUGAUCAUGGAAAAGUUGCCGAAUUUGAUUCACCCCAAAAUUUACUCAAGAAUAAAGAUAGUAUAUUUUACUCCUUAUCAAAAGAAGGUGGUUAUAUAAAUUAG